UAAUUUUUGGGUUAAGGAGAAUCUCUUUCUUUCUGUUUACGUGAUCACUUUCAAUGGAGGGACAGGAAUCUCCACAAGGAUAAUUAAGAGUAUCUCAAUUCAUAUUUGGCAAGAUUAACCAAAGUUUGGUUUAUGGCUUGAAACGACACUAGAGUUAGUAAAUGAUAACAUUUUUAUUUUUAGACGAACUAUCCCUUUAAAUGUUAAAAUGGCUUGUGCUUGGCGCUCCUACCAUGUGGCGUCAGCACGGCCUGAUUAUUAUUCAUGAGCUGAUCUGUAGAGCUGUUGUAUGGGUCAGUGUCCCGCUAUGGCGAUGCGUGUCUCAGGAUGAUCUCCGCGCGAAACAAAGACGACAUUGUGCGGUUCUACACGGUCACCGACCCUAUGACACACAAGAAAGGCUACACGGUGUAUAAAGUCACGGCCCGGAUUAUUUCACGGAAGAACCCAGAGGACAUUCAGGAGAUCACAGUGUGGAAAAGGUAUAGUGAUUUCAAAAAGCUUCAUCAAAACCUUUGGCAGAUACACAGAAACCUCUAUGGGCAGUCAGAGCUCUUCCCUCCCUUCGCAAAAGCUAAAGUCUUUGGUCGUUUUGAUGAGUCUGUGAUUGAAAAGAGAAGGCAGUUCAGUGCUAAUAUUCCUGCUCUGUAUGGCAGCCAGUACAUACUGGAUUUAUUUAAGGGUGGUGAGGUGCAAGACAGCUCUGAGCUCAUCGGCCCAGCUGAACCCUUCACUGAUUUCUUAGCUGACAGCCUCUUAGAUAGAAGCUCUGAAGGUGGCAGCAGUGACAGUGAGCUGAAUUCUCUUGAGGUUGAUGGAGACCCUCUGGCUGCAGUGGAUGAUGGAAUGGCAUCAGGCAGCAUCAGGCACACAGCAACACAAAGCAGCUUGUCUCUGAUGCAACAGCCAGUGACGUCCCCACGUGGGGCUUUGAGCUUUGCCUCCGGCCUCAGGAACUACUCCGAGAAGAAGGACUACUUGGAAGAGGCCAGUGAGCAGAUCAAUCUAGCUGAUCAGAAAGAAGUGGAGCAGGACUUUGCAGUGGCAUUUUUCUACUAUCGUAGAGAUGUAGAUCUUCUGCUGAAGAGUGUGCAAGGAGAGGAAAGUCCCAGCAGAAGAGAGGCUGUGAAGAGAAAGACAGCAGAAUAUCUGAUGCGUGCCGAGCUCAUUUCUGGACAGCUCACAGACAGCAUGGGUCAGAGCUCCACUCAAACCAGGGCGUUGGGCUCGCAGUGCUGUGGUGGCUUGUGGGCUGAGCAGACUCAUUCUGAUGAGCUGAAGCAUUACAGAGUGCUGGGCAUUAUUGAUAAGGUACUGUUGGUGAUGGAUAGGAAAACGCAGGAAACUUUUAUUUUGAAAGGUUUAAGGAAAAGCAGUGCAUGUGGACAUGUUAAGAAGACUAUUGUGCCUCAUUCCGUGCCAAACAUGGUACAACUGGAGAAAUACAUCAUCUCAGAGGACUCUAUCUUUCUUUUACUGCAGUAUGCUGAGGGUGGUAAAUUGUGGUCUCAUAUCUGCAAGUAUCUGCAUGACAGCAGUCCUGAUGAAAGCUUCAACAUACCUUUCAUCCAGAAAGCUCACUCUGCAGCGGUACAUUCAACCAUGAACCCUAUGCACACUGAUUCCAGCAGUGUGGAUUCUCGGGGCCUAAGCCUCGGGGAGAAUCCCUUAGCAGCCCAAAUGCCAGACUCUGGUGCCACCUCUGAAGAGGAGUGCACCAACAGCUACUUGACGUUGUGGAAUGAGUAUGAGCAGGAGAGGCUGGAGCCAGACGAGGACUGCUGCUCACUCGCUCCUGUGUUAACACAGAAACAUACAUGUUCAGUGUUGAACACCGAUCGUCUGUGCCCCCCGAUAUUGAUGCAGGAGCUGUGCUUCUUCACUGAGGAAGAGCAACUGGCCAGCUUUGUGGAUCAAUGCACACAUUCGCCUGACCAUACGAACCAAUCAACGCCCUCGGAGCUCUUCCAAAGUGGCAGGGAAGAUGCCUGCAAGCCAUUGUUUGUACUCUCAGAUGCUGGUGUAGAGUUCACAGAGGAGCCAGUGGAGAUGAUACAGGAAGUAUCAGAUCUCUGGAGGUCUGACAGUGAUCAAUGCUCAAAUGAUCUGGUGCCAGUGAUUUCCUUUAAACAGGCUGUACUGGAGGAUGCCACUGUCAGCUGUGCUAUUGAGGGACAACCGCCUGAUUUAUUGGUCAAUCUGCCAGUGCUUGAAGGGGGCACAGUGGACAUGUUGGAUGAAGAGCUAAUUACUGGAGACAUUGCUUUCGCUGCAAUGGCCAAAACCUCUCCUACAUUUGGCAGGCCGGAUGUUCUACAGAGAGGAGAGAAAGAGGAGUUGGACCAGUCUGUUGAUGUGGCCACCUUUCCUCUUCUACACAGACCUUCAAAAACACCUUUUAAAACAGACUCAUUAACUCUGUCUUCCCCUGAGCUCUCUGGCACACUGAACGCAGCUGUUCCCAGAGCUCAGAUGGACUUUGUCGAACAUGAAGAAUUGGGCUUGAGGUCCAAAGGCACUUUAGGAGAACAGGAGGAUGAGGAAGUGUCGAAGUUGUUUCAAGAGCUGGAUAAGUUGGCUGAUGUUUCAUUAGAUACACGCAUCCCAGAGGCACUAGCGAUUAACUGGGCUGCUGACUUAGUUAAGGCUCUGGAUGCUCUGCAUCACGAGGGCAUUAUAUGCCGAGACCUGAACCCCAGCAACAUACUUCUAAACCACGCAGGUCGUGUGCAGCUCACCUAUUUUUGUAGUUGGAGUGAGGUAGAGGAAUCAUGUGAUCCUGACGCCAUCUCUAAGAUGUACUGUGCACCAGAAGUGGGUGGAAUCUGCGAAGAGACAUUAGUGUGUGAUUGGUGGAGUUUGGGAGCCCUUUUAUUUGAGCUCAUUGUUGGAAAGUCUCUAUAUCAGUGUCAUCCUGCUGGCAUUGGAAGACACUCAUCCCUGAACAUCCCAGAGUUUGUGUCAGAGGAAGCACGCUCUCUGCUGGAACAGCUGUUACAGUAUAAUCCAGUGGAGCGGCUGGGUGCAGGAGUAGCCGGUGUAGAGGAUAUUAAGUCUCAUCCAUUCUUUUCUCAUGUGAACUGGACCAAGUAAACUAUUAGAUACACUUGAAUGAUAUGAAUGAUCAAAAUUGACUGAUAAAUGUCCAUGUGUACAAAAACAUGAUAAAUGAUGCAGAACACAUGCUAUUUCACAUAGAAUCUUACCUACAAAUGGCCAAAGCUCAUUGUCAACCGUGAGGAAGUUACAGUGUGCCACACAGGAAGUUUCUGUUUAUAUCAGACAUACACAUAUACUGUACAAAACUGUAAACGUGUGUGGGUGAUAAAUUGAAAGUGUUUACAAAAAGCAGCUGGCAAAUUUCACUGCAUUGAACAUCUUUAGCAUGUGCUAGAAGGACAUUUAUGGAAUGAUCCUGGUCAGUUGUUUAACUGAAAUUUAUCACAGGCUCUACAUAUUCUCUUCUAACCCAUCUGAUGCUCUGUUUUAUUCAUUAAAUUUCACUCACUGUCAAUGGGCUUAUAUUGGUUCUUUCACUUGAUGUGUUACUUUCUCAAGGGUGCUAUACACUCUUUCAGACAAAUAUAACUGCAGAAUCAACUCAAGUCACUUUUAUUUCUAUAUCGCUUUAUAUAAUACAGAUUGUGUCAAAGCUGCUUCACAGAGAUAAAAGGCAGAAUCAGUUAUGCAAACUCAACAAUUCUGCUAAAGAAGACGACAGUAUCAUUAUUUAGCUCAAGUCAGUUCAGAGCACAAUGGUAUGAACAGCUGCUUUUAAAAGGUGCUUGAGGUGCUUGUGCAGUAAAUGAUCUGUGUAUGUCUGUUGUCUGAGUAAGGCAGAAUAAAAAUGAUACUGAGAACAAGAGUGAUGAGAGAAGGGAGCACAUUAGGAAAUAAGUUGAACCAUGUGAUUAAAUAUAUCAGACUUUGAAUUCAGUAUGUAUAUUACGAUUGUUCUGGUAUGCUUUUAGAACAAUUUGAUUCCUAAAUCUGAAUUGUAGUAGUAACAGGAUGCAGAAUUGCAAUUUGAAUUAAAAUUUAAUGAAGUAGUUUUGAAAACAAUAAAAAUCUUUGAAAGUUUAUUGACCUUACAGACAGACAGAAAGAAUGAAAGAUUUUUUUAAAUUGGAGUUCAGUACAUCCUCCUGUUGAGUGUGGCUAAUUCAAUUCAGGUGAAGCACAAGAGUGCUGCUCAUGGGGCUAUCGGCUCUGACAAUAGAUGUGUAUUUAAAACAUUUAUUACAAAAACAUAUUCAAACAUACUGAUUUUGUCAGUAAAAUGAUCCGAACUUUCCAUCACUAGUGUAUAUCACUAGCACUCCCAUUGGAGUUGCUUUUUUUUAAUUAAAGUUUUAGACUUUUUUUAAGCAGGUCCUCAACCCAAUUACAUGCUCCACACUUCACCACAAUAAGAACUCGCAUAAAAUAAGCCAGUAGAAAGUAUUUUAAAAUGGCCACAUAAUAAAGCAUUAAACAUCAAAAAGUCUCCCUAUUAUAUAAUUUUACUAAAAAAUGCAUAAAAUAACACUUUAUUUCAAAAUAGUUUCUCCCCAUAUCCAGUCCUGUGCAAAGCAUGAUGGGAAGUGUAAAACUUAUUUUGAGGUACUUG